CCAUGGUCGCCACGACAACGGCUUCAUCUUACGAGACGCUGGUGUCCUAUUCAAAUACAUUUCAAAUUCCUAUUGUUAGUCCGUCAUUUCCGUAUCACACCAGGCUCCGGCCGGCAAGGUACGGUAUUUCAAUGCGGCCUGACUAUCUAAAAGCGAUUCUUGACCUCAUACAGCAUUAUCGAUGGAAACAAAUCGUCUACAUCUACGAUUCUGACGCCGGAUUGUUGAAGCUGCAAAACCUCUACAAGCUGACGACGGACGAGUACAAGCUGGAAAUAAUUAAGGUUCGAAGGGUGACAUCAGCGUCUGAGGCGAACAAGUUUCUCGUCAACUACGACAAUGAGACUCGAGACCAACUCAAGCAUGUGGUCAUCGAUUGCGAGGCUAACCUGACGCGAGAGAUCAUUAUUAAGCAUGUGAAACACCCUAUCGUGGGCAGAAGAACUUUUCAUUUUCUACUUGGUGGAUUGAUAAUGGAUGAGUUCGCUAACAAUCCGGCUAUAGAAUUUGGAGCGGUGAAUAUCACUGGAUUCCGCCUCGUUCAAAACAAUAGUCGCGCCUACGAGGAAGUAUUUACGGAAAAGAGUCGUCAUCAAUGGCCUGAUCCUAAGACCAAAACGAUCACUUCCGAAGCAGCGCUGAUGUACGACGGCACUCGAGUAAUGCUGGGUGCAUUUAAGCAGCUGCUCAACGAAUACCCGGCGAUCUUCGCGAAGAAUUUUCGGCGCGGCGAAGUGUACAAUAACAACACGCGGGGCAUCGAUUGCAAGCGGGAGAAAGUUAUACCUUGGGAACACGGCAAUGAGAUCUUCCAUAGGUUGCGCAACAUCAAAGGAAUACGGGGCCUGAGCGGGAACAUUUCGUUUGACCCGUACGGAUUACGGUCGAACUACACAGUUGAUAUUGUCGAAGUUACCGUCAACAGUGAACUCACCACAAUCGCCGAAUGGAAUUCACAGAUGGGGUUUGUUUUUGCCGCUCCCAAAUAUCGCAGGAUUUUUGUCGACAGCGGGUUCAAAUCUAAUAAAACUUACAUCGUAACCAGCAUUCUUGAAGAGCCGUACUUAAUGCGACGCAAAAUGGAGCCUGGCGUUAAUCUUACCGGCAAUUCGCAGUUCGAAGGUUACUGCAAAGAUUUGGCCGACCUUAUCGCCGAAAAGCUCAACUUUACGUACGAGUUGCGGCUAGUCAAAGACGGAAAAUAUGGAGGUCAAAGCGCCGACUCGGAGUCCGGUUGGAACGGAAUGGUUGGAGAGCUCAUCAGAAACGAAGCGGACAUGGCUAUCGCCCCGUUGACAAUUACGUCAGCGCGUGAACGAGUAAUCGAUUUCACAAAACCCUUCAUGUCACUGGGUAUCAGCAUUAUGAUAAAAAAACCAAUGAAAAAAAAGCCAGGCGUGUUCUCGUUUAUGAAUCCUCUAUCACGUGAGAUCUGGAUGUGCAUCAUCUUCGCGUACGUUGGCGUGUCCGUCGUUCUCUUUCUCGUCUCACGAUUCUCGCCCCAUGAAUGGCGCUACGAGGAGACCUUCGUCGGACCCACCGUCUCCAACGACUUCUCUUUAUACAACAGCCUCUGGUUCUCGUUGGGGGCGUUCAUGCAGCAGGGCUGUGACAUUUGUCCAAGAAAUCGAAGAUCGCCGUAUAUGCGCGUAUGUGGGAGUUUAUGCAUACUCGAAAAAACGUGUUUGCUGCAACCUACGAGCAAGGUAUUCAAAGAGUGCGUGAAUCUAAAGGAAAGUACGCCUUUUUAAUGGAGUCUACAAAAAACGAUUACAUCAAUGAGCGCCGUCCCUGCGAUACCAUGAAAGUCGGCGGAAACCUUGAUGC